CAACAGCUAAGCAGCCGCUGCAGCUGCUCCUCUGGCUGGCACCAUUACCCCCGCCCGACCCCAGGCUCCGCGCGUGCCCCAGCCGGGAGCAGUCCUUCGUGCACUCACUUCCUGCCCACUGGCCGCUGUGUCAGGGUCUCGAACCCCAAGUGGUGGACGCGGCCUCCAGAAGCUGAGGCCAAGAGAGCAUGCAAGUGGCUCCGAGCGACAGGAUUCCCUCAGUAUGCACAGCUUUUUGAAGAAGGUCUGUUUCCUCUGGAUAUUGGCUCUGUGAAGAAGGACCACGGUUUUCUGGACGAGGACUCUUUGGGGGCCCUGUGCAGGAGGCUGAUGACCUUGAACAAUUGUGCCUCGAUGAAACUGGAAGUUCACUUUCAAAGCAAGCAGAAUGAAGACUCAGAAGAAGAAGAGCAGUGUACCAUCAGCAACCACUGGGCUGUCCAGCAAGAAAGUAAAUUCUGGUCCCACAGAGGGUCCUCUGACCUGCUGGCCCCCCCGAGCCCUGGCCUGCCGGGAACCUCCAGCUGUGAGAGUGUCCUCACAGAGCUCAGCGCCACUUCCCUGCCAGCCAUCACUGUGGGCCUAUCGCUGGAGCCAGAGGACCUACCCUCACCCUGCCAUGUCCCCAGCCCAAGUAACCAGCUCCUCCUUAGCCCCACCCAGGGCCAAGAGGGUCCCCGGGACAAAGCCAAGAAGCACCGUUCUCGUAGCUUCCUUAAGCACCUUGAAUCUCUCCGGCGGAAGGAAAAGGGUCGUGGUCAGCAAGCAGAGCCUGAGCGUGGCCCAGCCACUUUAGAGAAGACCAGCAAACCCUCCUCUUUCUGCAGUCGCCGCAGCUUCCUCUCCGCCGGAUUCUACAAGGCCAAGAACAGGGUGGCCACCUCAGCCGGUGACGGUGGCACUGCAACCCCGAGGGACUGGGAGGCCUGGCCUGUGGCCCCAUUUCGGCAUCCACAGCGGGUGCACCAGGGUGCCUGCCUCGUGCACGUGCCCAGGGACCACAAACCAGGCACAUUCCCUCGCUCCCUGUCCAUUGAGAGCCUGUUUCCUGAGGACGGACACCACCUGGCAGAUUGGCAGCCAGGGAGGCCCCAGGGCUGUGAAGGGCGUCGGGGCUCCUGUGGCUCCACAGGCAGCCAUGCCAGCGUCUAUGAUAACAUGCCCGAGCUGUACCCAGCGGAGCCCGUCCUGGCUGGCGCUGAAGCCGAGGAGGAGGAGGAGGGCAGCAGCAGCUAUGCCCACCUAGACGACAUUCUCCAGCACGUGUGGGGGCUGCAGCAACGGGUGGAACUCUGGUCUCAGGCCAUCUACCCAGACCUGUGGACUAGAGAGAAGGAAGAGGAGGCAGAGGAGGAAGAAGAGGAGGAAGUCACUUCAUCCAUAGAGAUGGCCACGGUUGAGGUCGAAGGGCAAGCUGAGGCUCUGGCCCAGGUGGAGGCUCCGGCCCGCCAAGGGUACUCGGCCCUGGGCCAGGCUGAUGUCCAGCCAGUAGUCCCAGCUCAGAUUCAGGUUAGGGCUGAGGCUGAGCCCCUGGCACAGGCACAGGCUGAGGCCGAUACUGAGGCCCCGGGUCCAGCCCAAGAUAAUGGUCAGGAGGCGAAUUCAGGUGGGGAACCCACCUCAGCUUCCAGCCUGUCUAUGGAAGAAGGACACUCCAUUGCUGACACCGUGGCCUCCUCCAGUGAACUGGACAGUAGUGGACCCUCCGUGAAUGAGCCCGAAGCCAGAGGCUCACCAGCUGGACUUCAGGCAUCAGCACCACGUGAACGACGAGAUUCAGGCGUUGGGGCCUCGCUUACUAGACCCUGCAGGAAGCUCCGCUGGCAUAGCUUCCAGAACUCCCACCGGCCCAGCCUCAACUCAGAGUCCUUGGAGAUCAACCGCCAGUUUGCCGGCCAGAUCCACCUCCUGCACAAGGGCUCACUGCUGCGGCUCACCGCCUUCAUGGAGAAGUACACUGUGUCCCACAAGCCAGGAUGGGUCUGGUCGGUGCCCAAGUUCAUGAAAAGGAACAAGAGCCCGGACUACCGGGGCCAGCACGUGUUUGGGGUGCCGCCUCUUGUGCAUGUGCAGCGCACAGGCCAGCCGCUGCCGCAGAGCAUCCAGCAAGCCAUGCGCUACUUGCGCAGCCAGUGCCUGGACCAGGUGGGCAUAUUCCGCAAGUCGGGGGUGAAGUCCAGGAUCCAGAACCUGCGCCAAAUGAAUGAGAUGUCCCCAGACAAUGUUUGCUAUGAGGGCCAGUCAGCUUAUGAUGUGGCUGACUUGCUGAAGCAGUAUUUCCGGGACCUACCAGAGCCUAUCUUCACCAGCAAGCUCACCACCACUUUCCUGCAGAUCUACCAGCUCCUCCCCAAAGAUCAGUGGUUGGCAGCAGCGCAGGCCGCCACCUUGCUGCUCCCUGAUGAGAACCGAGAGGUCCUACAGACCCUGCUCUAUUUCCUAAGUGACAUUGCCUCUGCUGAGGAAAACCAGAUGACAGCCGGCAACCUAGCCGUGUGCCUGGCACCCUCCAUCUUCCAUCUCAACGUCUCCAAGAAGGAUAACCCCUCACCCAGGAUCAGGAGCAAACGCAGCCUGGUUGGCCGGCCAGGCCCUAGGGACCUGAGUGAGAACAUGGCUGCCACCCAGGGCCUAUCACACAUGAUCAGUGACUGCAAGAAACUUUUCCAAGUCCCCCAGGACAUGGUGCUGCAACUGUGUGGCUCCUAUAGUGCAGCCGAGCUCAGCCCUCCUGGGCCAGCCCUGGCCGAGCUGCGGCGGGCCCAAGCUGCAGGUGUGAGCCUGAGCCUCUACAUGGAGGAGAGCAUCCAGGAGCUGCUCCGAGAUGCUGCUGAGCGCUUCAAGGGCUGGAUGAGUAUGCCAGGGCCCCAGCACACGGAGCUGGCUUGCAGGAAGGCACCAGACGGGCACCCCCUGCGUGUGUGGAAGGCGUCCACUGAGGUGGCCGCCCCUCCGGCCGUGGUGCUACACCGUGUUCUGCGGGAGAGGGCCCUCUGGGAUGAGGACCUGCUGCGAGCCCAGGUGUUGGAAGCCUUGAUGCCAGGCGUAGAGCUGUACCACUAUGUCACCGACAGCAUGGCGCCCCAUCCCUGCCGUGACUUUGUGGUGCUCCGGAUGUGGCGCUCCGACCUGCCCCGUGGUGGCUGCCUGCUAGUCUCCCAGUCCCUGGAUCCUGAGCAACCGGUGCCAGAGUCAGGGGUGCGGGCCAUGAUGCUCACUUCCCAGUACCUCAUGGAGCCUUGUGGCCUGGGUCGCUCCCGGCUCACUCACAUCUGCCGUGCUGAUCUCAGGGGCCGUUCUCCUGACUGGUACAACAAAGUAUUUGGGCACCUGUGUGCCAUGGAAGUGGCAAAGAUCCGGGACUCCUUCCCCACCCUGCAGGCAGCUGGCCCUGAGACAAAGUUAUGAGCCUCACCCCCUACCUGGCCCCUUCGUACCAAGGGAGGAAGCGGGUGAGGGGAGGAGAGCAGCCCUCAUGUGUUGCUUCCAGGGGCAGAGCUGGGCCCUUGCCGAUCUGGCAGCCUGCUGUCCCCUUGGCUGCCUGAAGCUCCUCCACAUGUAUAAGGGAGGGGAAGAGAAUUUCAAGUGUCCUGUCUCUACUCCACCUGCACCCACGAGCCUGUGUUCUGUCCUCCUAAGAGGGAGGAGUCAUUUUCCAAAGAAGAUGACUGCUGCGACACUCCUGGCCCACAGAACAAGGCACCAUCCAUCUGAAACCUUGCCAGCUCCCCCACCUGCAGGGGGAAGGAGAUAGACAGCAGGGUGUGCGUCCAGGUCUCUGCCGCUCAGAGAGGCCAAGCCAUCCUUUUGGGUGCUCAGUUCCCUUUGAGGUUGGCAGGAGGCUCUAAUCCUGCCUUUGGGCCUAAUAUUUGGCUCUGAACUGGCUUUUUCAGAGAAAGGGAAUUAGAGAGGGUGAGCACAGGGCAGCCCAAUCACUGUGAACUCUUUUAUUUGUGUAAAUAUGAUACUGAUUUUUACGAGGCUGAUUUAAAGAGUGGGCACUAGCAGUAGGCAACAGGAUGGUUUGGGGCAGCCUGGGAUAUGGGAGUGGGGGUGAGAGGGGGCUCCCUUUCUCAGGUCUCAGGAGACCAGUGAACCAAUCUCCCUGGCUUGGGCCCCCUACUUUAUCUGCCACUCGCCGGUGUCCUGUGCAGCCUUUGGUCACAUACUCUUAUGUUUGGAGAGCAAAUGGGCUCAAUCCCACUACACAGGCCCAGCAAAAGCAGACAGUAGUGAAGACACACAUAUCUGUGUCCGUAUCCCUUCUCCUGCUCCUCCUGCCUAUGGUAACAGGCUGACACAAGAGCCCCGUCAUCAAGCAGAGACCUGGCCCCUGCUUUAGGCAGCUGGCCCUCCAGAUGGAAGGGCCGAGUGUCACCUCAGCCAGCUGCGGCUUGAUCCCACCCAGCAGCCAUCUUGGCUUAUGUGGAAUUCCAAAUGACGUUCAAAUGCCAACAGGUGCUUCAUUUUUCUUUCAGCUCAGUAAACUGGAGUGGGAUGGGUUUCAGCUAAUGCUGUAAUUUUUAAGCCUAUUUUAUUUGUACCUAUAAAUACUGUAUAGUCAGAAUAUAUAUGUAUGUAU